AUGCAGGCCCUGCGGGAGGAGCUGGACACCGUGCAGACGGAGCUGGACUCCCUGGGCGCCCUGGGCGUGGAGCUGGUGUCGUCCUGCGGGGACCUGGACAAGCCGGACGUGGCCAAGGGCCUGGAUGACCUCUAUGUCUUGUGGAACAGCCUGAGCAAGGUGUGGGCGGAGCGGCAGAACCGCCUGGAGGAGCAGCUGCAGGCCUCAGUCGCCCACCAGGAGGCCGUGGAGAGGCUGGCGGGCUGGCUGGAGAGCGCGGAGCUGCGGGUGGCGGGCCGGUUCCUGGUUGGGGCGGACCUGGAGGUGCUGGAGCAGCAGCUGCUGGACCUCAAGGCAAGGAGGCUCCGGAGGGCUUCAAGCGGGAGCUGCACCAGCGCAAGGUGGAUGUGGAGAGCCUCUGCCAGCAGGGCGGCCUCGGCCGGGACCCCCCCCGGCGCGCUCUGCAGCUUGCGGGACCGCUGGAACCUCCUGGAGGAAGAGGUGGUCAACCGGCAGCACGGCCUGGAGGCGGCCCUGCUGGGGCUGGGCCAGGUGCAGAGCCAGCUGGAGGAGCUACUGCAGUGGCUGCUGCACACCGCCGAGGGGCUGCGCGGGCCCCCCGACCUCAGCCUCGACCUGCAGCGCUGCGAGAUCGAGCUGGCCAAGCACAAGGUGCUGCGGAACGACGUCCUGUCGCGGGCGCGCACGGUGCGGUCCGUGCAGGAGGCCGGCCAGAGGGUGCUGCUCACCAGCGCGGGCGACUCGGCGGAGGGGCUGCAGGGCCGCCUCCAGCAGCUGGGCCAGCGCUGGGACUUCGUGCUGCACCGGACGGAGAGCCGCCAGCUGGAGCUGGAGGGCAACCUGGGCCAGGUGCGGGAGAUCACGCGGGAGGCGACGGGCCUGCUGCAGUGGCUGGAGCAGCUGGGGGUGCAGCUCUCCUUCUCCCGGCCCCUCUGGGGCCACGCCGAGGCUGCCACGGACAGCCUGGCAGCGCAUGUGGCCUUGUGCGAAGAGAUGGACGCCAAGCAGCCGGCUUACGACGCGGCCCGGGACAAGCUGCGGCGCCUGCUGGGCUCGCGCCCCCUGCCCGGGGCCUCGGGCCUGGAGCACAGCCUGCGCAUGCUGGAGCAGAAGUGGGCCAGCGUGGCCGGCCAGCUGCGGGAGCAGAAGGAGCGCCUCAGCGAAGGCCUGACGGCAGCUGCAGAGCUUCACGCCGGAGCGCAGGCGCUGCUGGGAGGGCUGGGGCAGCUGGAAGAGGCCCUGGGGGCCCUGCCCCCACCGAGCUACGUCCUGGAGAGGGUCACCGGCCAGAUCCAGGAGCAGCAGGCCCUGGCCCGGGAUUGCCAAGCCCACAAGGAGGCGCUGGCGGGCCUGGAGGCCGUGGCGGCCCGCGUGGAGGACUUCGGCCGGGGGCAGGACGGCAGCCUUGCCCGUGGCCUGGUGCUGACCGCCAAGGAGAGGCUGGCCGGGGCGCUCCAGCGCGUGGCCGAGAGGGCGGGCGAGCUGGAGGAGGCUCGCAAGUGCGCCGAGCAGUUCAGCGACUCGUGGCAGCUGCUCCGGGACUGGCUGGAGGACGCGGGGCUGGCGUGCGAGGCCCCCAGCCAGGCGGCGCUGAACCAGGAGGGGAUCAAGGCUCGCCUGGCGGAGCACAAGCGCCACCCCGAACCCAAGGCAGCCCGGCCUUCCCCAGCCGUCGGGCCAGAGGAGGGCCGGGUGGAGCAGGCCUCCGGCAGAUCCGCCGAGGCUGCAGAGCAGGGCUCGGGGGGCUCGGCCUGGGAGCGGCAGCGAGCGCACAGCAGUCAUCGAGGGGCAGCUGGGCAGCUUCCUGCUGGGGAGGCUCCCCCCGAGGCCCACCGAGCCCUUUCAGGCCCUUCCGGCUGCUCUUCUGCGACCCUCCGACAGAGCUGCAGCGAGCCAGGAGAGCGGGAGUUCCAGAGAGGGCUGCGCGCGAAGCGGCCAGCCUAUGAGGCGACCCUGAGGAGCGGGCGCCUCCUCCUCCAGAGGGCCCGGCACCCCGACGAUGCGCCACGCCUGCAGGAGGGGCUCGCGGAGCUGAAGGAGCGCUGGGGGGCUGUGUGCGGCUGGGCCGCCGAGCGGCAGCGCAAGCUGGAGGAGCGGCUGCUCUUCUGUGGCCACGUCACGGACGCCCUGCAGACGCUGCUGGAGUGGCUGUACCAGGCGGAGCCGCAGCUGGCGGAGGGAGCCCCUGUGGCCGGCGACAGGGACCUGGUGGCCCUGCUGCUGGACAAGCACAAGGUCUUCCAGAAGGAGUUGGACCAGCGGGCCAGCUGCAUCCAGACCCUCCGGCACGCCAUGCACGGCCUCAGCCCAGGCCCCAGCGCGGGGGAGUCCCCGUGGCUGCAGCGCCAGGUGGAAGAACUGGGCCGGCGCUGGGAGCUCGUCAGCCAGCUCUCCGUUUCCCGGCGGGACCGGCUGGAGGCCGCGCUGAGGCAGGCCGAGGAGUUCCACACACUGCUGCAUCCCUUCCUGAGCCGCCUGUCCGAGCUGGAGCGGUCCCUUCCGUGCCGGAGCCCGCCGGAGGACGAGGGGGCCGUGCGCGAGUGCCAGAGCCGGCUCAAGGUGAGGCAGGGCCUCCUGCCCGGCGACUGUGCGGCGCUCCGUGGGGCCUGUGGGCCGCAGAGCCGCGUCAUCCUCCGGGCCCAGUCCAUCCGUGCGUCCGUCCGGCAGGGGCUGCGGGAGAGCUUGCAGUGCCAGGAGCUGGAGCUGCAGUGCAUCUGCUCCCUCGGCGAGGAGAUCCUGAGCUGCUGCCAUCCGGACUCGGCCAUCACCAUCCGCUCCUGGGUCACAGUCGCCCGGAGCCGCUUCCAGGAGGUGUCCGGCUGGGCCCAGCAGCAGGAUGAACGGCUUCAGGCCCAGAUGGCCACGCUGGCCGCCAAGCAGGAGGAGGUGGCCCGGCUCUUCGACUGGGUCGCCGCAGCCGAGGAGUCCUUGAGCCUCCGGGACCGGGAGCCGCUGCCAGAGGAUGCCGAGCAGCUGGAAGAGCUCAGCUCGCAGCACGCGGUAUUCGUGGAGGAGCUGGCCCGCAAGCAGCCGGAGGUGGAGAAGCUGGCCAAGGGCUGCACACGCCCAGCGCCCCCGGAGCCGGGGGGGGGGCCUGGGGCCCCGCGAUCUUGCCUCCCACUCCCCGCGAGGAACCUGGCGGCGGCCCUUGAGGGGCCCGCCCCUCAGAGCCCCCCCCUGGCCCAGCUGGCCCACCGCUGGCAGCAGCUCUGGCUGGCGGCCCUCGACCGGCAGUACCGCCUGCAGCACUCCCGGCAGCGCCUCCAGGAGCUGGAGGAGUUCUCCCACUUCGACUUCACCGUGUGGCGGAAGCGCUACCUGCAGUGGAUCGGCCACCGGAAGUCGCGGGUCCUGGACGUGUUUCGCGGCAUCGACAGGGACCAGGACGGGCGCAUCACCCAGCAGGAGUUCGUGGAUGGCGUCCUCUCCUCCAAAUUCCCCACCAACACGCUGGAGAUGAGUGCUGUGGCAGGCAUCUUCGACAACAACCGGGACGGCUUCAUCGACUACUACGAAUUUGCCAGCGCUCUGCACCCCAGCCGAGACGCGCUGCGCAGGACAGCCGACACGGAUCGGAUUCAGGACGAGGUGGACCGGCAGGUGGCCCAGUGCAGCUGCGCGAGGCAGUUCCAGGUGGAGCAGAUCAGCGCCAACCGCUACAGGGUGGGUGUCUGCCCGGCGUUCGGGGAGUCGCAGCAGCUGCGCAUGGUCCGCAUCCUGCGCAGCACCCUGAUGGUGCGGGUUGGCGGUGGCUGGAUUGCGCUGGACGAGUUCCUGGUGAAGAAUGACCCCUGCAGAGUGAAAGGACGGACGAACAUGAAGAUCAACGAGAAGUACCUCUCCGCAGACCCCGGGGGGGCCAAGGGGGCAAGCGGCCAGCCGGCCCCUGCCUCCAAGGGGCUGCCACCCAGCCGCUCCAGCUCCAGCCUCAGCCUCUGCAGCAGCGCCUCGGCCCCCAGCAGCCCCCUCGCCCGGAAG